GAACUGGGUUUCUUACAACACCGGAAGUGACAGGCUGUCACCGGGAGGAUGUGGACCAGACGGUCCGGGAGGUCUUCACCUGCCGCGCGCUCAGGUCGCUCAGGUUCGCGGUUUUUCCUUUGAUCCGGCGGCUGUCCUGUGAUUGGCUGAGCUCUCCGUCAGCCCGCCCACCGCAGAUCACAGACUGGGACUCCGCGGACUCGGUUUCCUUCCUCGCAUUGAGUCUGGAACCUGGUCCCGGCUGAACGGCACGCCAUGGCAGCUACGCACGAGUACAGAACCUACCUUCGGAACCCAGUGGACAUGGAGGCGGGUCAGCACCGCUUCCACCAGCCGGUACCGGCCUCAGAGCCCUCGUCCCGGUCGCUGUUGAUCGGGACCCUGGCUGUAAUGGGACUGCUUCAGGUGGCUUCCAGCAUGGCCAUCUUGUUGCAUCUGACGGGUUAUCUGCAAGAGGCAGAUCUGUCCACAGCUCCACACCGACCCAUAGAGGAGGUGCAUCCCAAGCCCAUAGUAAACGCACUGAAAGACACAAGGAAAAAAGGACAAUGCAAACAUCCUAAAGAUCGUAUGUUGGCAUCAGCUCAUCUACCAAUCAAAGUGAAUCAAGGUUUUCCUAAAAAGGUUGAGAAGGCCAUCGUCAUUGAGUGGGAUGAAGUGCAUGGAACCCUGCGCAACAUGAGUUACCAGAAGAGAAAACUGCUAGUGACUGUACCAGGCUUUUACUACGUUUACGCCAAAACCUGCUUCCGCUACUACAACCUGGGAGGACUAGAAGAGAUGCCUGCGGUUGAUGUUAGUAACGCUCAACUCAUCCAGUAUGUCUACCACGAGAGCUUCAAGCAGAACAGCAAAGCUGGGCUCCUGAUGAAAACGGGCAGCACCAUGCGCUGGAACAACACCAGCUACAACAUGUACUGUGCCCAGCAGGGCCGAGUGGUUUACCUGGACAAGGGAGACGCCUUGUUUGUCAACGUGUCCAAUGCUUGGAUGCUGGACAAGGAGGCAGAAGGGACAUACUUUGGGGCCAUAAAGUUUGGGAACUGAAACACGCGGAUGCUACUGAACAUUUUGAAACACCACAGAACCACUGUUAGUAAUAUGCAAUGUUGAAAAAGUUUGUUUUUUAUUCCACAUGUGGGUUUUGUUAUUUUAUGUUGCUCUUCAUCAAACAGCCCUGGAGUUUUAUAUGAGAAAAACAAAUGAAAAAGAUAAUUACCUGUUUUAAAUCCAAUCUUUCUACUUUCCCACAGAGCUCUCAAUUGUAUCCAAAUCUAACACAUUCUCACUCCCGACUCGUCAACAUAUUGACCCUUUUACAAAGUUCCCUCUGCGUCUUAUUUUGUUGGGUCAGGUGACCCCCUCGCGUCAGUCCUUGCUGCCUGCAGCUUUUCCAGGUUGCACCACCAGGGGUCUUUGGGUCAGGGGU